CUGGUUUUCAUCAAUGUCCUACAGUAUCGUGCAACUGAGAUGAUUGGCAGGCAAAGCUCUCGCGUUACAGUCUCAACAUGUGUUGCGCCCGCCCUGCAUAUUGUAUUCUCAGCGUCCGUGAUGUUUCAGCUGCAGAUUGAUCAAUCAGUUGUUCCGUAGCAGUGACAAUGGCAAGAGCUAGUUAUAUGGCAGACACAUUGCGAUGCCAGAGGCUGUCGUGAACGCGAUAGCUUUGGAAGGCAGUCGUAUCCUCUGACUCGCUCCUGGCUGCAGUUGGAUCGUGCUGAUUGUCGACAGCUUGGGACACUCUCCGUCACUAUGAAUCCUUCCUUUGCAACGAACGAGACAACAGCUGAUCUCUGGUUUGAGCAAUCCAUCAAUGCUGGCACGUACGUUGGUGCAAUUGCGUACGGGGUUCAUGUCCUUGUGUUCUUUUCAACGCUAUGUUGGGUUAUCCGACAGAGAGCGAACCCUUGGACCUGUGUACUUUUUGUAUCCGCCUCAUUCAUCUUAGGCUCGCUAACUAUCAUCUUCAAUAUUCGCUUCAACGAACUCGCAUGGAUUGACUACAGAAACUACCCGGGUGGUCCCCUUGCGUUCCUUCAGCAGGAGGAGUAUAUUCCCGAAGAUCGCGUCGCUACAGUCGCGCCUUUCCUGGCAGCCGCUCUGAGCGAUGGACUUCUGAUCUACCGUUGCUAUGUGAUAUGGGACCAUCGGUGGAGCAUCAUCAUGGCUCCGCUGGCAAUCUACCUAUCUUCGAUCGUCAUGGCAGUUUUUUUCGCUAUUCAAUUUUCCAAACCAGAUGGCAGCCUGUGGAACAAUGCAACCGUCGACUUCUCCUUGCCUUAUUUCGCCCUGUCCAUGUCGCUCAACGUCAUCGUUACGACCAUGCUGGUCGUGCGGCUGCUCUACAUGCGCCGUCGUGUCGCGUCCGCGCUUGGCCCCGAACACGGGAAGAUGUACACGAGUAUCGCGGCCAUCGUUGUCGAGUCAGCUCUUCCGUAUGGCGUCGUUAGCUUCAUCUUCUUGGUCUCCUAUGGGUUGCAGAGCAAUGUAUCCAAUCUGUUCCUAAAUUUGCUUGUGCAGGUAGAGUGCAUGGCGUCAGAAGUGAUCACCCUGCGAGUGGCGCGCGGCCGUGCCUGGACACGAUCGACGUUGACAGAUGUUCUCUCGAAUGCAGAGUUCGCCAUGCCAGGCGUGAAUGCGAACUCUGACGGGUCUGUCGGUUGUGGUAGUACGUUGGAGAUCCAGGCUGUUGAUCGUGAAAAAAGCUCACAGGAUGACAGUCGUGAUGAGCCAAGCAACGAGCCGCAAACUAGGGUUUCCAGUAGCACGUUUCUGUCAGCGCAGGUGUGAUGUCGCUCGUAGUCUUUCUAUCGUG